AUGGUGUCCUCCCACGAGGGAUUUUUCAACCUAAUUACUAAGCAAUACGGCAGAAGGACUACUGGAUUUUUGAAGACAUGGCUAACUACACAAAUGAAGAUAUGUACACAAAGACAACAGCUUAUAUUCUUACUUCGAUGCAGACGUUAUAAUGUAAAACCACCACACAUUUAUAACCUACAAAUGUACACCGCCUUCCAUAGCUAUAGUGUUAAUCGUAGUUUUAAUGAACUUAAAUCGCGCACAAAAAAGACGUUGCUGAAUAUGGAAAUCAAAGAUAUGAACUACAAUCUUACAUUUUUAAGAAAAGAAAACAUAAAAAUAGAAACUCAGAUCCGCUUUCUUUUACCUAACGACAUAGCUAAUAACUUUUUCCUAAUGAAUAAGGACAAGAUUAAUAAACAUGAUACGGAAACGAAAAAUAGAUUAAUCAAAAAAUUCAAUAAUAUACUCAAUAAAUAUCACACAGAAUAUGACUCUUUUUUUAAGUUUAAUCACUCAAAAUGGAUUGUAAACGUCAGCAGUAAAAAGAUUCCAGAUUCAGUAUCACGUUUUUUGAGUUUGGGGGACAGAUUUUCAUUGCCAAUUGACCCAAAAAAUAAAGAUGAUAGACUACUGACUGUCGUUAAUGUGAUAAAGAAUCUCGAAGCUAAUGCAUAUAAAUUCGGGACGAAAACAAUUGAGGAGACCAGGAAUGAUGUCAGCAACAACCUGCAAAGGUUUCUUAGAGCUAACAAACACAUAGAUUAUCUGGACAGACACAUCCUGCGUGAACAUAAAGAAUGUAAAAAAUUCUUACAUCUCAACGAUGAUGUUCUUGUCACAAAAGCUGAUAAAGGACAAGUAACGGUAAUCAUGGAUAAAACAUUAUAUUUGAGUAAAAUGACAGAAUUAUUAGACGACGACACUAAAUACAAAAAAAUAAAAAAAGACCCGAUAAACCAACUAACGAAUAAAGUAAAAAACUUGAUUAAAACAUGGUUGGACAAUAACAUCAUUGAUGAACGUACAUAUAAAAAUCUUAAUUGUAACAAUGGAAAUCUGCCAAGAUGUUAUGGUUUACCAAAGGUCCAUAAAACGGGCUUACCGUUGAGAAUCAUAGUAUCCUCGUUGGGAAGCCCGAUAUAUAAAAUGGCCAGAUUCUUACAUGAGAUUUUAGAAACGUCAGUUAUUAAACCGAGAUCUCACAUUAAGGACAGUUGGGCAUUCACAAAGCUGAUUCAAAAUAGAAGGAUCGAACGAGAAGAGAUCCUCCUCUCCUUGGAUGUCACCGCCCUCUUUAAUAAUAUCCCGAAGGAGCUGGUUAUUAAAGCAAUUGAAAAAAGAUGGCUAGAGAUUUCUCAAAAAACCUUUUUUAACUUACAACAAUUUUUAUACGCUAUUGAACUUGUAUUAUCAUCAACUAGUUUUAGCUUUAAUGGACAGUUCUAUGAACAGAUUUUCGGUAGCCCUAUGGGAUCCCCGUUGUCGCCAAUCUUGGCUGACUUAGUAAUGGACGACUUGGAGACAUUUUGUUUGGAACAACUGGAGUUUGAAGUUAACACAUACUACAGAUACGUGGAUGAUGUGUUCACAAUAAUACCUAAUAAUAAGAUAGACGACAUACUAAAA